GCACAACGUCGGCUGUAGACAGGGAGGCAGCCGGUUGGACUGGGCAGGACAGCCGGUGGCUGAAGGUUGAAGACGACAGGAAGCCCUUGGAUUGAAAUCUGACGGUGGCUGGAAAUUGGCCGCACGUUAUCGAUUUCGCAGGCGAUUGUGCUCUAGGCGCUCAUUUUCCCCCCUCACUCUAGUCUGCCAUUGAACAGGACUCUCAACACAGAUCGGAAACCAAGCCGCCGGCAUGUCGUCCUCCAACGACGCCCCCGCGAGCCCUCGCUCCCAGCUCGUGCUGAGCUGCUUCGAGGAGCUCCUCGACCUCGCGGUGGCGGACGUGGCGUCGGAGUGCCACCGCAUCGCGCGCCUGGGCCUCGACCGCAGCGUCGACGCCGAGGAGGAGGAGCUCCGCCUCUGGGCCGCGCGCGUCGCCGGCGACCACCCCGGCGCCGAGGACGGGGCCACCCGCGGGGCCGGGGGGAACAAGGGCGCGCCCGACGUCUUCGGGCAGACGCACCCCGCCAUCGCCGCCGACGUCGUCGACUGCAUGAACUGCGGUCGCCCAGUCGUCGCCGGCCGCUUCGCCCCGCACCUGGAGAAGUGCAUGGGCAAGGGCCGCAAAGCUCGUGCAAAGACCACGAGGAGCAGCACAGCUGGACGAAACAGAAGCAGCAAUGGGGAGGAGCAUAGCAACCAUGCAUUCCAGGAGUCCUGAUCGCAAGCUGUGCUUCUGCCAUGUUAUCGGUGCCUGAGCGCCGUAUGAGGGCGUUACCUUGAUCAAUGUGGCUUUGCAUGCUAUCUGUAGUCCUGUGUAUAUUAAGGUUUAGAGUGUUUUGCCUAUUAAUGGAUUCUUCGCCGUCCUGUAUAGUUAAUUCCUUCCAGUAGUACAGUUCGUUCCAGCAAGUUAUUUGGUCUGGUGUGUAGUUUUUAGGCCUGUGUUCCCAGGCGAUUUGAUCGCCGUCCUGUAUGGUUUGGCAGAGAUAACGCGAUAAAAAAAGAAGAUGCAGACACCACUGUACGUACACGCA